AGAACCCCGACUAGGACUCCUCGUCAGUGUGUCAUCGUUGCUGCUGCUGCUGCUGCGCUGUUAUUCGCUUACUACUUCCUUUGUUGUUUGCUCUCUUCCGUUCCUCGUCCUGUGCCAUGUCGGCCAAGCCGUACCCCCCAGCCCGUCGCUCCGAGACGGUGUACACGCUUCACGGGCACGUCAUCCCGGAGCCGUACGACUACCUGGAGGACCCGGGCAACCCCGAAACAACGGCCUUCGUGACGGCGCAGAACGCGUGCUUCAACGCGUACAUGGCCUCCUCCCAGGACCUCCGCGAUCGCAUCGAGGCGACGGUGACGGCCAUUCAGCACUACGCCCCGCACGGGGGCCCCGAUGCAACACGGUGA